GCUCCAUAUCCACUGAUAGCUCGGCAGCUGAGGAACUAGGCAGAGCCUGCUCCAAACUUCUCAGCUGUUGACAGGCUUGACUUGCUGAGAACACUGGAUAAAUAUAGCACCAGCGAGCUCAGCUCCACAAAGUCAUUGCUCUCAGCAGCCUGCAAGGAGCCCAGGAGAGGGGAAAUGCAAUCUCAGAACUUCACUGCCAAAGCUUAGCUCCCACAGAGCAACAGUUGUGGGUGGGGGCAAACCAACCAGGAGAAAAAGUCUUUCUAAACAAAAGCCUGGGUGAAACCUAAGAGAGCAUUUGUAGCUCCUCUUUCUUCUGACCAGUAUCUCUCAGAACAGGAACUACGUUCCUCUUCGGCUUUCUGUUUCUCUGUUUCCUGCAUGACUUCAGUCCCUGGUAGAUCUAGAAAGAGAAGAAAGAUUAAAAUUUGCCCAGUACUCUUCUGGGCCUGGAUACUUUUCGAUCUUGGUCAUGUAAGCGACGUUUCCGAGGUCUUCUAGGAACACACAUCCUUCUAAAGAACUGGCAUCUAAGUGCUUGUUUUCAGCUGGCAGAUCAAAAUGCGAUCUCGAAAUCAAGGUGGUGAGAGCUCAUCCAAUGAGCAGUUACCCAAGUCCAAGACGAUUAUGAACUCUUCAGAAAAUCAAAACUUUCAGGAAGAUGCAAAGAAAAAGAACAAAUCUAAUCCGAAAGAAGGUGAAAUCCUAGGUCCAGGAACUGUGAAGCAGCGCAGCAAGUUACCAGGAACUAAUGAGCGAAAAAGCAAGAAAUCAAUAGAGCUAUCUAAAGAGGAUCUCAUCCGGCUCCUGAGCAUAAUGGAAGGAGAACUACAGGCUAGAGAUGAUGUGAUCCACAUGCUGAAGACCGAGAAAAUCAGACCUGAAAUCCUAGAGGCACACUAUGGUUCUGCAGCCCCAGAGAACGUCCUCCGAAUAUUGCAUAGAGAUGCUCUCCUUUCCAAAGAGAAAUCAGUAGAAGAUGUUUAUGAAAAGCCCAUUUCAGAGCUGGACAGAUUGGAAGAAAAGCAGAAGGAAACAUAUCGGCGCAUGCUUGAGCAGCUUCUUUUGGCAGAAAAGUGCCAUCGACGCACAGUUUACGAGCUGGAAAAUGAGAAGCACAAACAUACUGAUUAUAUGAACAAAAGUGACGACUUUACCAACCUCCUGGAACAGGAGCGUGAACGAUUAAAGAAGCUGCUUGAACAGGAAAAAAACUAUCAAGCUCGCAAGGACAAAGAACACACCAAGCGCCUUAAUAAGCUAAGAGAAGAACUUGUUAAACUCAAGUCAUUUGCACUUAUGCUGGUGGACGAACGGCAGCUGCACAUUGAACAACUCGAUCAGCAAACCCAGAAAAUACAAAAUCUCACUCAGAAAUUGAGAGAAGAAGAAGACAAGUUUAAGGUCUUAAAUUCCAAAGCAAAAGAAGAUGGGCAGAAAUUAAUAAAGCUGGAAGCUGAACUUGAGUACAAGACGGCCUCCUAUUCUCAAGAGCAUGAGGAGAUGACUGCUAAAUUUGCUAAUCAAGAGUCACACAAUAAGCAGCUCAGGCUUAAGCUAGUGGGCUUAACCAACAAAAUUGAGGAACUCGAAGAAACCAAUAAAGGCCUUCAAAAGACUGAAGAGGAACUUCAGGAGUUGAGAGACAAAAUAGCCAAAGGGGAAUGUGGGAAUUCCAGCUUAAUGGCUGAGGUGGAAAACCUUCGCAAGCGUGUGCUUGAAAUGGAAGGCAAAGACGAGGAGAUCACCAAAACAGAAUCUCAGUGCAAAGAGUUGAAAAAGAAAUUGCAAGAGGAGGAACACCAGAGUAAGGAAGUGAGGCUUGAAGUCGAGAAACUGCAGAAGAGGAUGUCUGAUCUUGAGAAGCUGGAAGAAGCUUUCACCAAAAGCAAAUCGGAAUGUACCCAGCUGCGUUUGAACUUGGAGAAGGAAAAGAAUUUAACUAAAGAUCUGAUCAAUGAGUUGGAAGUCGUGAAGAUUCGGGUAAAAGACUUAGAGGUUUCAGAAACCAAACUGGAAAAAACAGAAUUGAUCCUAAAAGAUGAUAUGACGAAACUGAAGUCUUUUACCGUCAUGCUAGUGGAUGAAAGAAAAAACAUGGCAGAUAAAAUAAAACAGGAAGAGAGGAAAAUGGAGUGCCUGAAUAGGAACUUUAAGGUGGAGCAAAGCAAAGUGAUGGAAGUGACGGAAAAGCUAAUUGAAGAAAGUAAAAAAUUUUUGAAGCUGAAAUCUGAAAUGGAGGAAGAAGUAUCCAAUCUGACUAAGGAAAAGGAGGAGUUAAUUAACAAGUUAAAAAGUGAAGAAGGGAAAUCACUGCAGCUGAGCUGUACAGUGGAUCUAUUAAAGAAAAGAAUGGAUGGUAUAGAGGAGGUUGAAAGAGAAAUUGCCAGAGGUCGAGUUAGAAAAGGACCAGGGUUUUCUGGACAAGAAGAUAACAAGAUCAAAGAACUAACAGUUGAAAUAGAAAAGCUAAAAAAUCGUCUCAAGCAGUUAGAGGUGGUUGAGGGAGAUCUGAUGAAAACCGAGGAUGAAUAUGAUCAGCUGGAGCAAAAAUUUAGGACUGAGCAGGACAAAGCUAAUCUUCUUUCCCAACAGCUAGAAGAAAUGAAGCUUCAGAUUGCUAAAAAUAAAGCAAUAGAGAAGGGAGAGGCAGUGAGUCAAGAGGCUGAGCUGAGGCAAAGGUUCCGGGUGGAAGAAACUAAAUGCAGGGACUUGACAGCAGAGGUCCUGGCUCUGAAAGAAAAAAUCCAUGAGCUGAUGAACAAAGAAGACCAGCUUUCCCAGCUCCAAGUAGAUUAUUCAGUCCUCCAGCAAAGGUUUCUGGAAGAAGAAAGGAAGAACCAAACCAUGGGACAGGAGGUGCUGAAUUUGACAAAAGAGGUCGAGCUGUCUAAACGCUACAGUCGUGUCCUGAGACCCAGCACCAAUGGCAGAAGGAUGGUUGAUGUACCUGUGACAUCUACUGGGGUACAAACUGAUCUGAUGAAUGGUGAUGCGGCAGAAGAAGAAACACCUGCCGUGUUCAUUAGGAAAUCGUUUCAGGAGGAGAACCACAUCAUGAACAACCUUCGGCAGGUUGGGUUCAAGAAGCCCAGUGACAGGUCGUCUGUUCUUAACAGGUACCCUCCAGCUGCAAAUGAGCUUACCAUGAGAAAAUCUUGGAUUCCUUGGAUGAAAAAAAGAGACAACGGUUGUCAGCCAACUCAAGACAAAGGAGCCAGGAUUCAAACCAGCCCUGAACAUCCUGGGGAAGUUGUUCUUUCUCCAAAACAAGGGCAGCCUCUUCAUAUUCGGGUGACACCAGAUCAUGAAAACAGUACAGCCACUUUGGAAAUCACUAGCCCAACAUCCGAAGAUUUCUUCUCAAGUACCACCGUUAUUCCUACCCUAGGAAAUCAGAAACCAAGGAUCACCAUAAUUCCUUCUCCUAAUGUCAUGGCCCAAAAAGGGAAAAGUGGUGAGAGCCCAAUGGGUCCAGACAGAGCAAUGUCACCAGUGACUCUAACUACUUUCUCCAGAGAGAAAACUGUAGAGAGUGAGAUGUCUCCGUUCAUGGAAAGGCCUAUGUCCCCAAUUCAGAUCAUGACCUUAUCUACCUCUGCAGCACCCACAGAAAUUACUGUAUCCCCUGAGUCACAGGAUAUGACCAUGGGGAGAGCUGUGUUUAGAGUAACGCCAGAGAAACAAACUGUCCCGACUCCAGUCCGACAGUACAAUCCAAAUGCAAGCAUUAUAACAACGGAGGACAAUAAAAUUCACAUCCACUUAGGAACUCAGUUCAAACGCUCCCCUAGCACUGCUCAAGAAGGAAUGAGCCCCAUAAUUACUGUCAGGCCUAUGAAUGUAAUGGCAGAAAAGGAGGAUUUGACAGGGACUGUCCUUCGGUCCCCCAGAAAUAAUGUAUCCUCAAGAUCUGGAGCAAGCAAAGUGACCAGCACCAUUACUAUUACUCCAGUUACUACAUCAUCCACACGAGGAACACAAUCAGUGACAGGACAGGAUGGGUCAUCCCAGAGACCUACACCUACCCGAAUCCCUGUAUCUAAAGGCAGUUUGCUCAGGCAAUAUUACCAAAGUUCCCAGUAUUCCUUAGGGGGUCAAUUUUGAAUGAGACCUACCAUACCCUGCCCAUCCUUGAUCACUCCAGCAUGACUGUAAGUAAAAAAAGGAAAUGGACCUCGCUUUCUGUCAUUUUGCCACCCUCCUCCUUGAAUAUGCUACUCAUCUGUGAAACUGCACUUAGGACAACUGAGGGUGAUCUGAUUGCAGGUUAUUCGGUAGGACUGACCUAUUCGUCGCCUAAUCCAGUACUCUUUCACUCCAUCCCCUCCCCAAGUAAUUUUAUGCUUCUGAAGCUCCAUAGGCUUAGGAUGUAUUCAACUAAAGAUAAACCAACAUGCUCUCUUCUGCGCUACAUUUUGCCCCAAAUUAAAGCACAGAGCUAUCUUAAAUAUUUUAUUAUAAUUUGCUUUCAAGGCCAACAAAGGUAGAUAAUGUUUCAUUCUUUGAAAAGAAGCUAGGUCGUAGAUUCCCCCUCCCCCCCAAAAAAAUGCUGAAAACAAAAGCAUUCAUUCUUUAUGUAUUUAUGUAUUCAACUAUUUAUUUGAGUAGUGAUUAUCUGGGACAUUACUGAAUACCUUACACACACUGCCUAUAUUUAGAGGGUCUUAAUCAUCAUGUCCCUUUUCAGUUUCCUGUGUGUGCAUGGGAUAAAGACCCAAAGAAUAAAUGUGAAGUCCACAUAAUACUGAUUGUAUUAAGCACAAGUAAUAUGUACACACCAAUGUGUGGUUCUUCAUUUUUCCCUUACAUUCUCCUUACUCUAUUGAUGAGCCAUGGUGGCAGUGUGGUUGGAAUGCAGUACUGCAGGCUAACUCUGCGUUCCACUGCCAAGAGUUCGAUCUUAACUGGCUGAAGGUAAACUCUGUAAACUGCUUAGAGGGGGCUGUAAAGCACUGUAAAGUGGUAUAUAAAUCUGAGUGUUUUUGCUAUUGAUCAUUGAGAUGAUAGGUGAGAACAAGACUUGACUAUCUUCUGUGAAGAUGCCCUAUUUUGCACAAGUGGAAUGGAUAAUCCCUUUUUUAAUAUCUGAACACAAGGACAAAUACUUUCUGGAGUGCUCCAGAUUCUAUUCUAGCAAUCUUGAUAUAUGCCACUUUGAAAUAUCUGUAACAUGUUGGGAUGGAGAAAAAAAGCGGUAUGGGUCCUCAUAAGCUUUCAUGUUUUCCAUGGUAACAGUUGUUGCUUACUAUGCUUCUUUCCCCAUUAGAGAGCAUCGUCAUUCAUCAGGUGCGCAUAAACUCAAGAUGAGAAGCCACAUCAACUCCAUGUUAUUCUUGUGCACUUCUUCUCCACACCUCUGGGUUGAUGACUGUGAAAGUUCCACCUCUAUAAUUCUGAUCUCCAUGCUACUGAUCACUUGUGGAAGUACAUUUGCUGCUUCUGUUGGAUUUUGAUUUUUCUUUGUGUGUGUGUGCACCUUUUAUUUUAAUUCUCAAGAAACUGUGUUUGCUGUUGUUGUUUUUUUUAAUUAGAUGGUAAGAAAGAAAAACAUGCUUUGCAAAGUGUCCAAACCAAUUGAUAUUUGUCUGGUUUUGUUUGGCGUUUCCUACAUAAUUUAUUUUUAUAAUACACUUUGUAAUGCGGGAUUUUGUUUUGCCAGACCUUCUGAUUACCGUGUCCAUGGCACAUUAAUUUUGUAGAAUACACUGUUGAAAUUGCAAGGUGCCAGUUUGUAUAUUUUCUAUAGGUAGUGAUAGGGAUUUGACCUCAAUAAAGGCACCUUUUAAAGAAAACUUGUCACAAAUGUUUCCAGCCAAAAUGUGACACUCUGACUGAAUUGCCCUGAAGACUGCUCUUUAAAACAGUAUUAUAGAACUUUGCACUGUGCUAUGAUUUAAUAUAAAAAUAAUUGCCAACAAACCAAAGCCUUGAAUUGCAUUUGGCUUUUAGAACUUUUUUAAAAAUAUUGUGUGCCAAUGUUUAUUAAACAAUGCUUACAUGUGUGCUGUUACAUAUUCUUGUGCCAUAUUGUUUUUAUUGCACUGUGCCAAAUAAAUUUUCAUAAGCGUGCAACAA